AUGGCUGUGCCGAUCCAUGAGUUCAUCAACAGGGACAUCAAAGAGCACACCUUCCAUGCGGGCGAGGCGUGGCCCAACGAGGACAAGAAGGAUGUGAUGUUCUAUGCCUUCCAAGAUCAGGUGAAAGGCACUGAGCCGGUCUACGACUUCUGGAACUCCAAGGACAAAGAGCAUACCUUUCACUUUGGUGAGCCGUGGCCCAACGAGGAGAAGGGCAAGCAUCCAGUCUUCUAUGCCUACCCCUUGGGCGAUGACAUGAGGGGGAUGCUGAAGCCAGUGCACAGCUUCUGGAACAACUCCGAGAAGAAGCACGCCUUCCACCUGGGCGACUCCAGGGCCGGAGAGGACAAGCAUGAGGCGCUCUUCUUGGCCUUCCAGGAGCCUCUGAUCUGGAACAUGGAUGCCCUCUGUGAUGGGGCUCCAGCGGUCAACCGGGCGAAGUGGCUGAUCGAGAACAAGGGCAUGACGGAGGAGCAGGCGAAGGCGCAGGUCAUGGCCGAGUUUCCCGCCCUCUUCCGCGGCGGCGCCGGCGGCUACUCGGGCGGCUACGUGCCGAGGGCGGCGGCGCGCUUCGUGGAUGGGAAGUUUCCACACACCUUGGAGAUCGUCAAGGAUGCCAAAGGCCAGAACCGGCUGAAGUUCUCGGUGACGCCCCGCAACCCGGGUGAGGUCACCAUGAUCGCGGUGCACUAUAGCGUGAACAAGGAUCCAGGCCACGAAGACAUGAACUUCGACAUCCACAGACCCAUGGAAGGCAGCAACACCUAUGUCCACGUGACCCCUGACUUUGGCCCGGUGUGCGAACCUGGAUCCAAGGUGACGUAUUGGCUUGCUGCCAUGGAGAAGGGUUUGAUUGUGGAGAUGCCUGAGAAAGCAUGCCGUGUGCCGAUCCCACAGCACUUCAUGAUCAUGCACGUCGAGCAGGAAAUCAAAGGCGAUGACACACCGGUGCUGCAGAGUGUCCUGCAGGCGGAUCGUGAACGCGAGUGGCUCCUCAAAGUCGAGCAGGAGCUACUGGAGAGGGAGGACGAUGGGAGCGGCCUCGAGCCGAAGGUGAGUGGCGUGGGCCUGAUGGAGGUCUACGAGCGGCUCGAGGAGCUGGGGAACGAGGAUGCAGAGGCCCGUGCCGCGGUGAUCCUGGCGGGGCUGGGAUUCUCCGGCGAGGAGCGUUCACAAGUUCACAACCAGAUGCGUGAUACGGCGUCACAGGAGAUACGCAAAGACAGGGUGCUACCAGAGGGGGCGACAGUCUGGAGGGUUUAUCUUGACAACUAUGACCUGCUCGAGAAAUACCCCCACGAGGUGCUAGGAGGUAUGGUCGAGGAGGUUGCCCCAGAGGUUUUAGCGCUAAGACAGGAAUACCAGGCAUGGGGACUCCCUCGACACCCCGGCAAAGCAGUGAGCCGGAAGACAGUACAAGGAGCAGUCGUUGACGGGGAACGGGGCAUUGCUUACCCUAAGGGGCAGAAGUUGUCCAAGUAUGUCACCAUCGCCUACCAGCUGGUGAGUGAGUCACACUGCUCGCAAAGACAAAUGCAGGUAGUUUGUGGUGGCUUGGUGUAUUUCUCCACCUUCCGUCGACAGCUUCUCGGAGGGCUUAACCUCUGCUGGGCGUUUAUCGAGUCGUUCAACUCUUGUGGGCGGCACAAGCAACUCAUCCCAAUUGGAGUAAAGCUGGAGAUUAUUCGCUUCUUAUGCCUAGUCCCUCUCUGCCGUAUGGACUUCCGCCUGAAGAUGAACCCAAGGGUCACCUGCAGCGACGCGUCACAGCAUGGAGGAGGUGUCUGCGUAGCCACGAGCCUCACAAACUACGGGGAAAAGGUGGCCCUGGGCGAGGAACGUCGUGAGAUGGUGGCAGGUGGCGGACCACGGAUCUUGAGCAUUGGUCUCUUUGAUGGGAUCGGGCCACGGCUGUAUUGGAUCAGCUGGGAGCUCAAUGAGGAGCAGGAAGACGUGGAGAUUGAUGGCAGGCUUCCGAAUAUCCGUGAACGAGAAUACAUGAUGGGGCUGCCCGUAGGUUACACGCUGAUGUGCAUGCCCAAGUCAAAGCGGAAGCUCCCCGAGUGCAUGGACAAGCGGCUGACCUUGGUCGGGAAUGCCUGGGCUGUUCCAGUGGUCAGUUGGCUUAUUGGGCAAUUGGUAGGACCACGGGGAGCUGGACCCCUGUUGCCUCCGGCUGAGAUCCUUUCUCGGCUGACCUUGGAGGGGAAUCCGUAUAUCCAGUCGCGUCUUCUCAGAGCACCGCUCAAGACGGAUCAGCGUGCAAGUACAGGAGCAGAGGAGGCCUUGGCACAGAAAGUGUCACGGUAG